AUGUGUGUCGACUGUGUGAAGGAAGAAUUUCCAUGCCGAGAUACAAUGUGUUUAGAAGAUGGUUCGUAUUUACUCAACUUCUCCCGAUGUGCUCGAUGCCAGGAACUUGGCAAUCUCUCCAUAGAAGACAAGUACUGCUCCGAAGAUGAAAGUGGGUUGGAAUUAAUUACAUACCAACAUGUUUGUCCGAAUUGUGGACACAUCAUUGCCAGCCAUGAAUAUUCCUUCACUGUUGAAGAUGGUUAUAUGUUGUACACAAUGUCUUGUGCGUUGUGUGGCGAAGCCGAAGAUCAACGUUCGGUCUUACCUUAUGAUGAUCGACAAAGGUCGUUUUUCUAA